AGAGCACCAGUCCUAAUCAAAAGGGGGUGUGCACUUUGCAAUCAGCAUUGGACAGCAGCCUAGCGCUCCUCCUCAGUCAUCUUUAAAAACCUGCAGGAAACACGCGGAUUCACAUUCAUUGAGCUGCUGCUGAUAACGGAGUGAAGAUGUUCUGCAGACGGGCAUGGCAGAAAGUCGGGCCUCUGGCACGGAGGGCUCUCAAACCGAUCCCCAGAACCGGUGAGCUGGACUUACAACUAACACCCCCUUUUGAUAGAUUUUUACACGGUUUGUUUUCUCAUGAAACAAUCAAGUGUGGUUUGAAAAAGUGUCGUUUCGAGUGUUUGCCUGCUUUAUGCGGUGACUUUCUGCUCAGGGUUCAAACAACUUGAUCAAUUAAUCCAUUUUCUCACCCACAGAUUUGUCAAGAGCUCAAAGUGUUCAAACUUGAUCAAAUGCAUUAAUUUGAUCAGUUUAAUCUCAUUGGAGAGAUUUCCUUUUAUCUGUGUGUUUAAUAAUAUUUUUUCUGUAUCUGAACGUGCCAUAAAGGCGCAUGAGGGUUUUCCAUUGUGCAGCCAGUCAGAAGGAGGUGUGUCCUGCUUUGGGAACACGCAGUUCUUGCACAGUGGUUAUGAAAUAGCGCAUCACAUACACGACACAGACUGUUUUGGUUUUACGUUUUUAAACUAGAUGCAUCAAUUGCACUUUAAUUCGAUUGGUGAGUGUUUGCUUUUUAGAGUAUUUUGCAAACGCAGAGCACUUUUAAAACGAUUUAUCGUCGUGGUAACACGUUGUUCUGGAGUUCUUUAUGUGAGCUUCACCACAUGGAUAUAUCAGUUGUGCUCGACAUCAACAUUAACAAUCCUGAAUUUGGCAAUUAUAAUUAAAACUGAUUUAACCUGGCAUCAGUGUUAAAUACAGGUCCAUCAAACCUGAAGAAAGUGCUCUGCUCAUGCAUUUUUAAAUUAAAACUCCACUUUGGAGGGUUUUCAUGGGUGUAGGGGGAGGGGAAUUUGAAGCUUGAUCACUUCUAUUCAGGAUGUUUUUCCUUUCAUAUGUCCUUGUCCACAUCAUUUUGUGUCUGAGCAUGUGGAAUUCAGCCUGAGGGGCAAACUGCAGCUUUAAUUUCCUGUUUGAAAAGUUUUGUCCCCCCUGACUUUGGACUUGCUCACACUUCAGUUUGUAGCCAGAGUAUCCUCAGUAAACUAAAGGGGGAAAAUGGCUGUUUGUCAGGGCCUCACCAGUUCUCCGCUGGUUGUCCUGCAGGUCUGCAUACCCCGCCCCUCCUUCUCCCCCUGCUCCUCCUGCUCCUCCUCUGUCUCAGUGAGCACAUGGCACUGACAGACAGAAGCAGGAGAGCACCUUCACACAAACAUAUACAUGUCCAUACACAUGUGCUGCUGCUGCUGUCAUAGCAGCCAUUUUGUCUGCCGUUGCCUGACAUGCGUGUCCAUUUUUACAAGCUUGGACCUCAGCGCAGGGAUUAACUGAUUACUCGUAUAAAUAACCUGUACUUGGACUUGUCCUGCGUAGUGCUGCUGCUGUGUCAUAGGUAUUAGAGGAGAGUGAAUUUCCUACUACAAAUCCAGCAUCCACAACACAGCCAUGCCCUGAUACAUCCCCUUUUUGAGAUUCACUUGUUUAUUAUUUACUGCCAUUUUUUGUAAUUGUGCUAAAUCAGCAAAAAGCCAGAUCAGUUAGGCUUAGAUGUCUCAAACAUAAAUGGCUCCAAAGGUGAAACAUUUGAAAUACAGUUUAUCUCCUAAGUUCAACAAAGUCUAGAUAUUGUAGUGCGACAGGGGUUUUAAUGCCUGACACCACUGAGAGAGGGGCUGGUGUCACCUGAGCAGCUGAAUUUGAUGUUUUAUCUUUUUAAUAUUGUUUUAGUGAAAGGCUAUCUGUUUGGUAUCAAAACUCCUCCAAUCAGUUUUCAGGAUGGUGUAAUUGCUGAUUGCGCUAUGACCUUGGUGGUGUUAAACAUUUAAAGCUCCUGUGAGGACCCGUUGGUCUGUGUCAAUUUAGGACAAAGUAGUUUUCACCUAUCUUGUCUUCUGACCAAAAUGAUAAAACAAUAAAUCUCAGCAUACUGACAAAUUUGUUUUUAAUUGGGAAAAUGUAAUGUGAAAAGUGUAAAUACAAGCUGUUUCUUGAGCUGGUUUCAGGCAUCAAAAAUUACAAAGUUAUGUUUGUGGUAGUCCUGUUUGCUUUUGUAUAUAAAUAAAAGAUGUCACUUUAAAUUUCAGUGUUUUUGAUUGGUCAAAAAAACUCCCCACAGGAGCUUUAAGGUCUUAAAGUAACAGAAAACAGUUAAACCAUUACUUUUAAGUCACUACACUGUGAUCCAAAUGAAGACAGCGGCUCAUUUAAAGAGUUUUAUGCAGGUCUGAACCACCCAAAACACUUUGUUUAUUGUUUGAUACCAGCUAAUUAUUCUGUUUUACAACUCACCUUGACUAGCCUAGAUGGUUAGCAUAAAGGUUUGUUCUUGGCCGUUUGGAAAGAAUCAAGAUACUUGCUUUGAAAGAUGUGCAGCCUAUGAGAUUAUGACCUUUGCCCCAAAUGCUGGUUAUUGAGCCUUUUUCCUAUUUUUAGUUUAAAAGAAGUGAUAUUGAUUGAAACUGAUCCCAGCAGCCAGUGAAUCUGCGACUGAGCAAACAUCCAGACACAACAGGUGACACUUUUUUAUGUCUUCAUAAAGAUAUAACCUGUCAGAGUGAAAGUCACAGGACGGCUCAUGAUUAGCUUGAACAUACAUGAAACAUGUGAAGGACAAAAGGGGGCGUGUUGUGUGCCGUACAUUGUGUUCUUUGCUGCUUCAGAUGGCCUACUCACCUCUCUGGGUAAACCACGUGCAUGUUGCACACACUGAUUGUGUAAAUCAUGCUAAAGAUAUCAUAUGUACUGUAAAUGUGUGCAUGCAUACAGUCUUUAGUGUGUAUACAAGAAGUGUAUGUGUGUGUGUGUGUGUGGUCGAGGUUGGAAGAGAUUAGGCUGAGAUAGUAUUUGGGAUGCAGGAAGGUUUUAUUUCUGGCUUCCUCUGCAUGCACCACUGGCAAUCCUUUUAAACACCAGCAAAUCUUUUCCUUUGGGAUGUGCAGAAUAUUGAGCCGGUCACUCUCACCUGGGUCCAAAAAAACAGACUGUCCAGAACUAUUUAAAAGAUCCUCUGUAAGUCCAGACUCCUGAGUUGAGUUCCUGCAACUUCAAGCUGUUUGUUUUUGCAUACUGAAGCAUGUUAAGCAGGAAGUGUCUCAGUGUUUGUUUGUGUGUUGGGGGGGAUGGAAGGGUUAAUUAAAGGGACAGUUCGCUGUUUAGUUUGGCUGUGGCUAAAUCUUUCCAUCUCCUCUGCUGCAAAUGACCAGGACUUUCUUGUGUAACUGGAUUAGGAGAUGAUGGCACAUUUGACGCUAUCAAAAUGCAAAAUGCACGCUAUGACACUCUUCUGAAGAACCCCUUAACUGAAACAGCCUUUGAUUAUCAACCAAAAGUACUUUUCUGCUCUGAUUUUCGCCUUUUUUAUUGGUGUCAUUCAAGUUUUAGAAAAUAUGUCAGAGGGUUUCUGCUGAAGAAGUCUAAGAUGAGUUCAAGUUUUAAGGGGUAUUGAUUUGAGUCAAUGUCAUCAUGCACAAAUGUCAAAAACUAGAGUACAUGUUUGCCUAGCUGUCAAAAACACUAUGGAGUCUCCAUAUUGUUUUUUGGCUCAUUUGUAAUCUAGUGUUUAAAGUAACCAGUAUGUGCCACACAUAGAAAUCAAAAUAUGAAAUAGACUAGGAAAAACAUUUCUUUAAAGCGCACACGUUUGUUUUUCAGACUAAACACUUUCAAUCAUACUAGAGUUAAAAAAACAUGCAAAAUUCUGGAAAUGAAACCAUCUGCGGUGCAUUUAGAUAUAGUUUUUAGUUUUCUCCAGUCAUUAGAAAUGAUGCCGAUGUAAAAGUGUUCAAAACUGCAGUUCCUGGAGUGACAGCUAGAGGGUGGCUCCCAAUGCUGUAGACGCCUCAUACACACCCAUUCAUAAAAGCCUAUCGAUACAGGAGAAAUAAACAUCUUUUCUCCUUUUUUACAAAAAAGUUCUCUAUCUGAAUAGUUCAUUUCUUGGUUUGCCCACACUGUACUCCUAAUUUAAUUUCUCAGUUCUGAAAAUUGUCCUGCUUGAGUUUGGCAUCAUUUGAGGCUGUCUUGACUCUUGGACAGGUAGACUGCAGCUGUAGGAGGUGUAGGGCUGGCCUCUUUGACUCUUGCUAGAUUGACCAAAAGUGCCUCUAUUUCCAGAUAUUCAAAGGCUUCAGAACUUGGCCUCAGAAACUUGUUAGUGAUGUCUUGGAGUCUAAUAUUGUGCUCCAGGGUGCCAAUCUGAUACCUCAUCCAGAACACCCCCUUAAAUUGAAACUUCAACUCAGAAACUCUUUGAAAACUUUAGUAGCUCCAGCUCGAAAGCCUAGGUAGAUAAUGACCCUAUAACCUCCUGACUUUAGUGGUUUGCAGUCUUCUUUAAAUGUGGUGUUAUUCCCUGCUCCAACAAACCUCUAAGCCUCUUUGCUUCUCUUUUGUGUCUUUUAGCAGUCCCAGUGCGACACAUGGCCUUCGGAGUUCCUGGUGGCUCCAGCAACCUGGCGUACUUUGUUCUGUGUGGAGGAGGCCUCACUGCUGCAGUAGUCUAUGUGAGUAUCUGUGUGUGCAAAGACUGACCUCCUCUGAAAACCACGACCCUGUAGAACAGCUCAGUCCACCUGUGUGGCUCGGAGUGACAUGGAGUUGUCCUGACUGAUCUAAACUGAAAGCUGUUAAAAUGCAGCCAUGACAGACCGGACUGCGCUGCAGACUUCAGCUUGACUCAGACUCUGGGAGGGACACAAGAGGGUCUUUGUGUGUUGUACACGCAGCUUUUGUCAGUGCAGAGUUGUACAUGAGUAUUGUGAGGUAGUUGGCAGCCGUGUUGGCUCACGCUGGUGUGUGAGUGUUUGCACACUGUGGUAUUUUGAAAUACUGUUAUCAUUUUUUAUAGAUGUAUUUGUGUGCUGGUAUUCACCAAGAACAUAUCUGCUCUCUUUCCCUCAGGCCUACAAGACAGUCAACGGCGAUAGUGAGCGUUAUGAGGACAGACUGGCCAGCAUGGGCUCUGCAGCUAAGGGUCAGUCACACACAAAACCCUCAAUCACAUAUUGUUUACAGGAACUUCAAGCAAAUGAAAAAACACAUUCUGUGGUUUUAUUUCCUUUGAUACUCGAUAAAGAUCAAAAUUUGACUCCAGGUAGUUUUAGGUAUAGAGUCAUUUUGAGCUGUGAUCAUUUUACCUGCUCUUAGUGACUGUGUUUAGUGGGUAUGAUAAUAGAAAUAUUCAACUUCUUUAUUUAGCACAUUGGAAACUCAUGCUAACGUUGACAAAAAUGGAGAAGGUAAACUUUCCAGAUAUAAGUUCAUAUCUCAGAAAUAGUGGGUUCAUUGUAGACCAAGUGAUGUUUCAGGUAUCUCCAAACCUGCCCAAAUUCAUCAUGUGGAUAUGAGGAAUUUCUGCUCAAAAUUACAUGCAAGUCCCUCAACACGGAGAGUUUAAAUACACUAAAGGAGACGGCUAACUGCAAAUACUAAAGCACCAGGGUUUUAGCUAAUAACUGAAACUGCAAAUGCAUAAGAUGUCUUUUUUGUUUUCUCCUCAGAUUAAUAUUGAAAGAUCAUGACCGGUUAAGUUGGUUUCGGUGCCUCCUGUUGACAAAAUGAUCUCGAUAGAUUUAGUCCCACACAUGUGUGUUUAUCAGUUGAACUUUGUUUAAACAGCACCUUUCAGAGAACAAAAAAAAACACAAAAAAUUAUGAAAAACCCCGGGACAUCAACAUAUAUGAUAUUUAAAAAACAAAACAAAAACUGAAUUAAGAGUUGGGGACAAAUGCACACUAGCAGCAAUUAGAUUUAAUGACGCAAUGAAAGAAACUGUUGGAAAAAUAAGUUAAAGCGUUAAAAAACUCUCUCAAAAUAUAGUGAAAAUGAUAAUAAAAAAGUAAAGCUAAAAUGCAAAGACAGAUAAAGCACUGAAAUGGCAAUAAAUUAAAGUUAAAUAAUAAAAACACAAUAGUUGAAGAUAGGAUAACAAAACAUUAAAAAUGAAGCUUCAUGAGGUUCAACAACAAUGAUACAGUUUUGCUUCAUGGGCCACUGCCUUUUGUCUUUGGUUACUUGUAAUGCAACAUAAAUUGAACACUAGUUUUCCUAAUUUGGGCGGUGAUUUAAAUAUUUACAACUUUAAAAGUUCAUUUCAGGGAGAGUGAAAGCAGAGAGAGACUGCAGAAGGUCUCCCCGGCUUCACCACCAAAACAUCAAACAUGGUAGACUGAUCACUCUCAAUAGCUUUAUCUUGCCUGUCAGUUUUGAUUCAUGUCUGCAAGUUUUUUGUCUGUUCAGCCGGUCUGAGCUGAGAGGAUGUUGGCCCUGUGCCUAAAGCUGCUAACUACUCUGUAAUGGAAAAAAGCUGAAGCUUGCUCUUGUUUAGUUACGUACGUGCAGAGUGAAAUGUGUAUUUUUAUUUUAUCGCAACUGCAACACAAACCUCAGCUCCCUAGAGUGCUAGAAAUGUACCACUUGGCUUUAAACAGGCGUAUGAGCUCAUUACAUAAUCGCAGGAUAAGUUCCAGGAAACAGCCAGAAAAGCUAUGAUGCACAUGGACGAUGGUGAUGUUAUCACAGCGGUGGUAGUCGAAGAUCACAUUGUCCUGAUGCAGUAAUCGGAUAAAACAUUACUGGCUAUCAUUACAGUAGAGAGCUACCUGGUGGGUUGUUUGAUUGGUUUGACUCCUUUCUCUCUAAUCCAGAACUCUAGUUCUGACUAGAUAAGUUUUAGUUGAUUCCACUAUGAAAAAAAGAAAAAAUCUGGACACGCUUGAAUUUGAUUAAAACAUUUUUGUUUUUCACAAACCCACAAUGACAAUUUAAACUUGAACAUGAAUCUAAAUCAAUUGUUUACUUCUUUAGAUCAAUUCUCUAAAAUGUUUGCCAUGCUAAUGACACUGUAUAGAUUAAUGAACAAACCGUUUCCAGCAGCAUACAAAUAGGUUUACAGUGACAAUGGUAACAAAAUGAUGUUAAGAUGUUAAAAAUGAUAUAAUACUAAUCUCAUUCAGUCUCAUUUUGGCAUUGUUGAGUAGCAUUUUGAGGCUACACUGUAUCUUACAGGUCUUAUAGGGAGUUUUAUGAUAUUGACUGAGAUUCUUGGUGACCUGCCUUUUUUUAAUGAUCUUGUUUUCGUUGACGUUAUUGUCAACAAAAACAACACUGUAGAAUAUAUGUUUAGCGUUUGACUGAAGAAAUGCUCAUGAAUUUUGCAACUCUGUUCGUCGUCCACCACUAAUGUUUUCGUCUAGUCUCGUCAACGUAAACGCACAUUCGUCUCGCUACACUUUAGUCAUCUAAGAAUUAUGUUUCGCUUGUCAACAUCACGUCUUCGGCGUGGAAAAAAAGGGGCGUUGAAGAAAUAUUUUUGUCAACAAAAACUACAGUUAAUGAUAAACAAAAAUAUAGUAAACAAGACCGAAGAUUUUGAUAUCUGUAUUUGUAUUGUCAGACCUACCCCCUUAAUGGUUUCAAAGCUAUUUUUCAUCUAGAAUAUUCACUGUGAAUAUGUCCGACUGUCAAAAAUCAGUAGGAUGAGAUUUGUUGUCAUAAAUCACAACUCAGGUAUGUAGCGGACAGGAUGAGCAUAGUGCUCUGUCCACAGGGGGCGCCAAACCGAAAGUUCAUCUAACACUGUCUGUAGGUUUGAAGUUCAUAAUCAUGAUAUCAACACAGCCUGGAGGUUUGGUGGUGUUCAUAAAGCCCAGAAUAAGGCGAACUGCUGUUUUGAACCUGGAUCAGCAGAGUAAUUAAAAAAGUGGAAAUCAUUGUAAAUCCGGGUGUUAAGACACAACCACUAAAACCAAAGUUAUUAACCUUAUGAUGCAUCAUCUUGAAAUUCAGUUUAAAGUUUCAUCUCUCAAUUUAUUUUAAAAACAUACUUGUUUUCUUCACUUUGUUGGUGUAUUGCAUCCAGUAACUGCAAAGAAGUCUUUACAUCUUAAAAGCUACAUGUGAAGGGACAGCGAGCAGUAUUAAGUAGAACUAACUUCGGUAAAAUGGAAUCUAAAAGAAUUUAAAUUUGUCUUAAAUUACCUGAAAACAAUGUUUUUGUAGAGAAAGCCUUUCACAUCUAUAUGACAGCAGGUCCCCUUCCAGAGAGAUAUUGGGCAAGUGAAAUGCACAAAUAAGAUGAUUCAGAAACAGAGUGGCUGUUCUUGGGCCCCAAAGAAUUUGUAUUGAUAGGAAUUUUUGAUGGUAAAACUUAUAAAACAAAUAGAAGAUCAUGGAUAUCACGUUGUUGUCCACCUGCUGGGGGACUGCAGGUAAAAUGUAGCUAAUUAGCUAAUGCAUAUCUUUUAAGUAACUUAGGGUUGUGGUUGUCGUACAUGACUCUAAAACACUAAAGUAAACAAGAGUUACCAUUGCUUUGCAGAUGAUAAAAAUGAGCUUGCGCCUUUUUUAAUCUAGAGCAGGACUGCUAGAUAUCAUUAAUUAUUUCUAUGUCACCUUUUAAGAUAAGCUUAAAGUAGAAUUUAUUACUUGUUACGCAAAAGAUACGAAAGCUCCAAAGUGAUGGUUCAUUAACAUGUUAAAUGACUGUAUUAUUAGAGACCAGCUAAAAAGCACACCAGUUUCCCCACAGCUUUUUCUCUCGUAUUUUAUCGAGGCCGGCAGCUUCAGUGAGGUCAGCAGUUAUAUUUUUGUCCAGCUAACAUGUUAGGAUUAAGGAUUAUCCGUCACUCUGCUAGUAUUAUGCUGCUGUGUCACCACUUAAGACAUCACCUCUUGACCUCUAACCUUACUUCACCUGUUGAUGAUAUGCUGAGACCCAAACCUCUCCCUUUUGAAAGCUCUACAAAUGUAUAUUUUUAUGGUUAUCCACAGCUCAUUACUGUACAGUCUGUUUGUGUCCUAUACAUGAUAUUGAUCAGUCUGCUGUGCAUCUUAAAGAAAAGAGGAGGUUGAGUUGUCCCCAUGGAAACAGAUCAUGCUACUGUCAUGAUCCUAGCUGUGUCCCAAAAGUGACGUCUUUCAUUUCGAUACAAACAUUUUUUACAUGGUUGCUCUGGCCUGGAAAUGUCAACUGCAUUGCAAUAGUUUUUCAAUUUUGCCAAUUUCUUUUUUUUCAACUCAUGAUUUAUAAAUUGUGUUUCGUAAACUCUUAUUUACACUUCUUGCAGAGGCAGCUCCUGCACCUGAAGCAGCAGCACCAGAAGCAGCUCCUGCAGCAGAGGUAGCAGCACCCGAAGCGGCUGCACCAGAGGCAGCAGCACCAGAGGCAUCGACGCCUGCAGCCGAACCCGCCCCGGCGGAGGAGGCAGCACCAGCCGCUGAAGUUGCGGUGGAGCCCGCGCCUGCUCCUGCAGAACCCGUAGCAGAGACCGCUGCUGAACCUGUCGUUGAGGCUGUGGCUGAAGCAGCCCCCGCUGUCGCUGCUGAGGUGGUUGUUGCUGAGGUUGCAGCAGAACCAGCUGUUGCAGAAGAAGCCGCUCCGCUUGCACCUGUAGAAGUUGAGGCGGUCCCUGCUGAAGCCGCUGCUGCACCUGCAGAAGUCGCUGUCACAGAGGCACCAGCAGAGGCCCCCGCAGCAGAGAGUGCCGGUACGGCAGCAGUAGAUGAAGCUCCUCCCGCUCCCCCUGCUGAGGCAGAGACUAGCUCUGCAGCCCCCGAGGCUGAGGCCGCCCCUGCUGCAGAGGUGGCUGCAUAAAGCUUCGAUAGCUGGCUAGUUCGCCCAGAAAGGAGGGCUGAGAGUUAGUUGUGCUGUGUCUCGCCUCUCUGGGCCCAGGAAAAAGGACUCAUGAAACCCUCAUGUUUGAAAGUGGAAAAAGCACUUAAGUUUCCUGUUCAGGUUGAUUUAUGAAUAACUUGGGGUUCAUCAGUCCAGUUUUCUGAAGCCUCCCCACCCUUCCUUCACCUCAACAAGCCCUUAACCAGAACAUUUGGCAUUAGGCUGCCUGUAAAAAUUCAGUUCAGAAUUCAGUUUCUUUAGGGAUUUUACAUCCAGAGCAAAUCCAAAUGAUGGUUUGGCUGCUGCAGAGUUAGUACAGAAGUUUUGAACUAGUUGAUAAGAGGGGCAGAACCAAGCUAAUGAUUGACGUUCUGUAAAAUAAAGUGCCCUUAAAAGGAAAGCCCUGCAUUCUAAUCUCCCUUAUGUAAAAUGGAUGCAGCCAAUUUGAUUGUUGACGAUGUUCAAUCUCGUCGUCUCUUUCAACAUCAUUUGCACUUGGUCUCUCUCAGAUCAACAACCACCCGCUUUCAGUUUAUCGCAUGAAUCUUUCUUAGCUUAGGACUGUUGUACAGAAUGUUGAGAGAUUAAACAUAAUGUCAUCGUGUUUCAUUCAGUUUUAACUAUCAGUGUAAAGUUUGACCAAAUCAAGCAAGCUUCUCCUUACCUGGCUGAGGACCUUGUCCAGUUUUCUCAGCUCAGUAUGUUGUUUUGCACAUCUCCUCGGAGUCAGUCAGUCAGUCGAUUUUUCUUUUCCUGCACCACAAAAUACUUCAUUUUCAUAACCACUUCUUGACAUAUGCAGCAGUCUGCACCCACCUCAACGAACUAGCCCUUGUUUCUUUAUCCUCACAGUUCUAGAGCUAUGUGUAAGACUUGAUUUUUGUGUUGAACUCACUUCUGAUUGCUCUUUACUCUUUAAAUGUCAAACUUAAGUCUUUUCAGGGAACUCUCAUUCACCUCUGUCUUCAAAAAGUUGUCAAUAUAAUAAAAACAGUUACGUGUUCAAAGAAUAAAACAUCACUGGAUCAAUAUGA